GAAAUAUGAGAGAGAUCGACCAUUCAACACAUAACAAAUACAUAACAAAUACAUAACAAAUACAUGAAUUCUGUCUGACUCUCUAGCGUUAAUAUACGUGUAGUGUCUAAUUGUCAAUUGUUUUUAAUUAAUUAAAGUAAUAACAAAUAAUUGAAAUGAGCUCGGGUUUUAUUUCGGAGGCAGAAAUUGCUGAACAACGAAAAGUUCGUCAGGAAGAAUGGAAUAAGGUCCGAACUGAAGAUCAACCAUUAGCUCCUCCAGAAGAACAGUACGAUUCUAAAUCUUUAUAUGAGCGUUUACAAGAACGUCGCAAUGAGCGAGAUAUUGAGUAUGAAGAAGCUCAUAAAUUCAAAAAUAUGAUAAAAGGUUUAGAUGACGAUGAAGUUGAAUUUUUGGAUUUAGUAGACAGGACAAAAUUUGAAGAAGAACGCAAAAAGUAUUUAGAAGAAGAAAAAGAAAUGCGUGAUUUUAAAGCUGCAGUUUCUUCCUUACACGAGAAGACUUUACAUCAUAAACUAAUGCAGGAAUUACAAGAACCACAGCAGGCAGCCAAAGUUUCUUCACAAAGUGCAAAAAAUGUAAGAUUGAAAAUAUUAUCAGGAAUUGUAAAAAAAAGUGAAGUGAAGAAUAAGCAAAAUGUACAAGAUGAAAAACAAUUAGAUGACGAAACUGAUGUUAACAGAAAAAGUGAAGAAAUCACUUCCACUGUAACUAAUUCAAAUGAAAACAGCGUAGAUGAUAAUUUUACAAAAUGCAUUCAAAGUGGAAUUGAUGUCAACAAUAAAAAUAUGCAGUGCAUUGGAAUACUACCAGGCUUAGGUUUUUAUGCGAAUUCCAGUGAUAGUGAUUGCAGUUCUGACACUGACGAGGAACAUGAAAAAAAGAAAAUGAAAUAUGAUAUUUUGGGAAGACAGAUUGUUUGUUCCGAGGAUAAAAAUAAAAGUUAGAUUGUAAAAAUUAUCUCUUAUAUUAUGAUUCAUGUUAACUAGAUCUUUAAAUUUUUUUUGAGUAAUAAACAAAAUACAUAUAGGA